AUGACAACCACCCCGGAGACGAUGCUGCUGCCUCCAGACCUGGAACUGAGCCCCGAGCGGCUGGACACCUGUGGAGACGCCGGCGGGCGCUACAAGGUGGUUCCGUCGGUGGUCUGCUCCAUGUGCUGCCUCUUUGGAAUCAUCUACUGCUUCUUUGGGUACCGCUGCUUCAAGGCGGUGAUGUUCCUGACGGGCCUGAUGUUCGGCUCUGUUGUCAUCUUUGUGCUCUGCUACAAGGAGCGCGUCCUGGACACCCAGCUGAGCGCGGAGGCCUCUGUGGGCGUCGGGCUGGGCAUCGGGACGCUCUGCGGCCUGGUCACCAUGUUGGUCCGCAGCGUGGGCCUCUUCAUGGUGGGCCUGCUGCUGGGCCUGCUGGUGGGCGUGGCCACCCUGGUGGGCAUGGCGGAACUGUCCGAGGACCCGUCACGCUCUGUCUGGGUGCCCCUGGGCGUGCUGCUGGGCCUGGGCAUGUUGUUUGCAGUGCUGACACUGCAGUGGCAGCGCCUCUUCACCACGCUGUCCACCGCCAUGUUCGGCGCCGCCGUCAUCACCGUGGCCUUGGACUACUUUGUGGAACUCUUUGCCCUGGUGCUCUACAUGUACGAGCGGAUUAAGGUGGAACCGGGCAAGCCCGUGUGCUGGAUGACCUGGGUGGUGCUUGGAGUGUGGCCAUCCCUCACCCUGCUGGGGGUCAUAGUUCAGUGGAAGGUGACGGCUGAGGGAUACUCCCACACCAAAGUCAUCAUUAGCCGGCAGCAGAGGAGGAUGCAGGUGAUGCGCAUCCGUCAGCGGGACGACCGCUACCGCAACAAAAAGAAGAAAAAGCAGCAGCCUGGCUCCGCCCACCACAAUCAGGCCAAGCAGCUCCACACUGAGCCCGCCUACCGCCGCAAGCCCAACCCCAUCCGCCGCUACGACACCGACGUCCUGUCGCCGAGUUACAUCCAGAGUUUCCGCGACCGGCAGGUGCAGGAGCAGCCGUUUGCGGGCCGCCUGGUCGGGGGCUCCCACGCUGUGGUGGAGAUGGGAUACGACUGUGGCUCCACCACACCCCUCACCGGAGUAGCCGGACCACCUCUUCGAGCCUGACCACAGCUCCACCUCCUAAACGUUUGACCAGGGAGGAACAACCACCUCCUAACAUUUGGAUAAUCGCAACAAAUCACCGUCGGGUUUAAAGAUUCUGGGUUUCUCCAGCCGUCUAGGAAAGAAGCUGAACUGGAAAUAGCCGAACCUUUUCGGUCGUAAAGCCUCAGCUGACACUGUUUGGUGACGUUCAGGAGUUUAUCUGAACUUUUUUUUCACUCUUUCAGCGCACACUCAACACAAAUAAAGGAGAGCAGCCUGCUGAAACGUUUGUCUCGGCCUUCAGUCCAACUGGAUCAAGCGCCAGAGUCUCCCUGCCGACCCAGCUCAGGUUCUAACACACAGAUCGGAUCGGAAGAGAAAUCCAGUCCACUUUGUUUUUGUUUGUGUUUCAUCUAUCGCUGCAAGAAAAAGACUAACUUCUUGUUCCUCGUUCCACUUGGUAAACAAUAAGGCAUCUUUAACGUAUCUGUGAUGUUUUUAUAAAGGGGAUACCAGUUGUCCCUCUUGGUGCUGGACAGAACGUCAAAGUGCUGUAAGAAGACCAGGUCAGUUCACUCUGUCCUGGGGCUGCGCACGUUAGCACGAGCUGAGCUGAAAGAUGUUUCCACUGGACGGAAAAGCUGUUUACACCGGCACCUCUCGUUAGAACUCGCAUGAAUCUGACAGAAAACACGUUUUUCUUAUAAAAACAAAUACAUGUGAAAUAAUUCAACAGAUUUUUCGUUCAGGGCUGAUCUUCGGUCGCCAGGUGGGUCAGGAAAAACAAGUUAUUCCAGAAAGUUAGCUUUUUAUUUCCAGGUUAAAUGAGAGUUUAUCUGCAGACAGACUCACAAAGACGUACGGUCACUAUUAUUAUUAUUAUUAUUAUUAUGGAUGCACG